AUGGCUACAUGUAGAGCGCCCUUGGCUGCGCUCAGUUUUCGUUUUUUGAUUAACGAUACGUUUCUCUCGACAGCAAAAUUAUUUAAUGUCACCAGUGUAGUCCGGCGAGAAUUGUCUACGGGUGUCCUCUCUCAGUCCCUUGAGGAACAUGCCACAAGCACUCCCAAUCCCACCUUCAGUGGACCCCUCGAACACUACGACAGUCUUGUUCAGAACGGCGUACUACGUGAGGAUCAGCAGCAAAGAUCUGUCCUUCAAAAGCUGGAUCAAAUGCAACAUACCCUCAAGGGUUAUACCAACCAACCUUCUUCCUUCUUGUCGAAGUUUUUUUCUAAGCCAAAACCACCUAAAGGUGUUUAUAUCUAUGGUGAUGUGGGCACCGGUAAAACUAUGGUAAUGGAUAUGUUUUAUGAACACGUUGAAACUGCAAAGAAAAAGAGGGUCCAUUUUCAUGGAUUCAUGAUAGACGUGCACAAACGGAUCCAUAGGUUGAAGCAGAGCUUGCCCAAGCGUAAGGCUGGGAAAAUGGCAAAGUCCUACGACCCUAUUGCGCCUGUGGCUGAGGAGAUCAGUGAGGAAGCCUGUCUUUUGUGCUUUGAUGAAUUUCAGGUGACCGACAUUGCAGAUGCCAUGAUUCUAAAGCAGCUGUUUGAGAACCUCUUCCUGAACGGGGUUGUGGUUGUAGCCACAUCCAACCGACCCCCCGAAGAUUUGUACAAGAAUGGAUUACAGAGGGCAAACUUUGUGCCAUUCAUCGCUGUAUUGAAGGAGUAUUGCCAGACACUACGCCUAGACUCCGGGAUAGAUUAUCGCAGAAGAAAUCGCCCGGCUGCCGGAAAACUUUUCUACCUCACAAGUGAAGCAAAUGUGGAGGAAACUUUGAACAAGCUGUUUGAUGAAAUGGCAUUCAAACAGAAUGACAUAACAAGGCAGAGGAUUCUCAAUGUGCACGGCAGGAAGCUGAAGCUGAACAAGGCUUGUGGGACCAUAGCGGACUGCACUUUUGAGGAACUCUGUGACAGACCUCUGGGAGCCAGUGAUUACUUGGAGAUGUCCAGAGUGUUUGACACUGUGUUUAUCCGGAACAUUCCCAUACUCACUCUGAAUAAGAAGACCCAAGCUAGGCGCUUCAUCACACUCAUUGACGCAUUGUAUGACCAUAAGGUACGAGUUGUGAUACUGGCAGAGGCUCCACUGGAUAAUCUUUUCACUCAGGAGGGCCACCAUGAGGAUGAGAGUCACAUUCUUAUUGAUGAUUUAGGAUUAAAGAGGGAUGCUGCCAGCUCACUGUCGAUCUUCACAGGAGAAGAGGAGAUUUUCGCCUUCCAAAGGACAGUGUCCCGACUCACAGAGAUGCAGACGGAGGAAUACUGGAUUGAAGGAGACAGGAGCUGCACGUAGCUCAUCUUCACACGCUACAUCUACAAGAGACAGCAUCUCACUAUCUAUAAGACUGUACAAGACCUCAGUGUUCAGUGAGGCAUCGGGAUCACCUCCAGUUGCAAUAUUUAAAAACAGUAUUUAUGAACAAUAUUGUGAUCCAUACUUAAUUGUAUGCUCAUGCACUUUAUGAAUUACUAUCAUGCACAAAGAAGCAGAACGCAAAGCCUCUCUGAGCUGAUGGCUGUUAAGGUAUUUGAGUUUUGGUGGAAGGUGGUCUGUCUGGUGUGACCGUGCCAAGGUGAUUUAAAUCCAAAUGCCUCUAUAAAAAUGUAUUUUAAAAUCUUGAGGUGUAUGUUUUUAAACUUUGUCUAUCAAUGACAGCAAAUUUCUUCUUACAAUAUAUUCAAAAUGCAGGCAAAUGCUCUAUUUCAAAAAAAAAUUAUUAAAUGGAUUACUUUGAUUUAAUGUGCUGUUAACCAACUGUUACUUCUGUAACAGUCACAUUCCCUUGUUAUGCUUCUGCCUGGUUUUAAUUUAAAGUGAAUUUACCCUAAAGACUAAUGGGAGGGACCAGAGUUGAACUGGUGCAGAAGCUGGUUGCUUGACUCUGGAGUAACUGUUCCAUAUUUUGCUGGACAGUGGUAAAACACUUCUAUCUAUUUUGUUUGUGGUAUUGUUUAGCUGAUUAUAACUAAUAGUGUAUUUUCUGAAGUGUCUGUUUUGUUUGAUCAAAAUGCGGUGCCUAGAUCACUUGAGCAGCUGGACCACUGUGAAUUGGGCACAGGUUUUUAACUUUCAUUAUACCACCCUGAAGGUUUUGGAAAGGAAGACGUGUGAAAUAA